AUGUCCGAAUCACGUGAAUCAACAAGCACAAAUGCUACACCAUUCUAUGGGGGUAUCAAAUCUUAUGAUAUCCACACAUAUUUUGAUACUGAAGAAGAAGUAAAGUUUGCACAUCAAUUGAGAGAGAAUGUGUUGAAGGAUUUUGCCAAGGAGAUUGACGAGGGAAAGAUCAGGGUUUAUAAGUUUUGGGAAAAGCCGAUUGGCCCUCAUCCUGUUAGGAUGUGGGAAUUGGAUUUUAAAGAUCCAGAGAUAUUCAAGGUGUUAGUGCCAUAUUUCCAACUUAACCAUGGAAAUUUAUCUGUCUUGAUACAUCCACGUACGGGAAACGAUCUUAUAGAUCACACCAAACAUGCCAUGUGGUUGGGCAGCAAACUUGACUUGUACAUUGAACUUUUGUGA